AUGUUUUUGAGGAAGCCGGUGUCGACGCUGAGCAUCCCAGGCGCGAUGCGAGGGGAAAAGGGGAGAGGUGGAGAUGCAAACGGUGAAGAUCCGGCCCACAUUGCCUUGAUGGGAGUCCAUUCCGAAUACCCCCGAUACACGGAGGAGAAGAAGACUUCCUCCUCGUCCAAGUGCCACCGCCCCAACGUCGGUUAUCGUCUGGGUCGCCGGAAGGCCCUGUUCGAGAAGCGGAAGAGGAUCUCCGACUAUGCUCUCGUCAUGGGAAUGUUCGGCAUCAUCGUCAUGGUCAUGGAGAACGAACUCUCCUCCGCCAGCAUCUAUACCAAGGCUUCCUUCUACUCGACGGCUCUGAAAACGUUGAUCACGGUGUCCACAAUCAUCCUCCUCGGCCUCAUCGUUGCAUAUCACGCCCUGGAGGUCCAGCUUUUCAUGAUCGACAACUGUGCGGACGACUGGCGGAUCGCAAUGACGUGGCAGCGCGUGAUGCAGAUCACCAUCGAGCUCCUCAUCUGCGGCGUGCAUCCCAUCCCCGGAGAGUACUAUUUCCUCUGGACCACGAAGCUGAACAACAAGCGGCGGGAGAUCGAGUCCAAAUGGGUCCCGGUGGACGUGACGCUGAGUCUGCCGAUGUUCCUCAGGCUCUACCUCAUCUGCCGCGUCAUGCUCCUUCACAGCAAGCUCUUCACGGAUGCGAGUUCCAGGAGCAUCGGGGCGUUGAAUCGCAUCAAUUUCAACACGCGGUUCGUGUUGAAGACGUUGAUGACCAUCUGUCCCGGCACGGUCCUUCUCGUCUUCAUGGUCUCCCUCUGGAUCAUCGCCUCCUGGACUCUUCGUCAGUGCGAAAGAUACCACGACGAGGACCAUGCAAACCUGUUAAACACAAUGUGGUUGAUCGCCAUCACAUUCCUCAGCGUCGGCUACGGAGACAUCGUGCCUAAUACCUACUGUGGACGGGGCAUCGCCGUCACGACCGGAAUGAUGGGUGCUGGAUGUACGGCCUUAUUAGUAGCUGUGGUAUCGCGGAAAAUGGAGCUGACCCGGGCCGAGAAGCAUGUUCAUAAUUUCAUGAUGGACACCCAGCUCACGAAACGGUUGAAGAACGCGGCGGCGAACGUGCUUCGGGAGACGUGGCUCAUUUACAAACACACGAAGCUGACAAAACGGGUUAACACGUCUCGGGUGAGAACCCACCAACGCAAGUUCCUCGUCGCCAUCUACAAGUUCGUCUUCCAUUUUUGCCCCAUUAUCUUGCACCGUCGCGCCCGAUUCCUAUGCCGUCUUUCCUCCUUUAGCCUAAGGAAGGUGAAAAUGGACCAACGGAAACUGAUGGACAAUGCCAACACCAUCACCGACAUGGCCAAGAAGGAUGCCAUUAAAGCGAAGAGGAGCUCACAGGAAAGACAGCACAAAAUCAUCCUUCAUCCUUUCUUCCUUUCCACUCCACAUCCAAUCUUGCAUGCACUCGAAUUAAGACCUCUUCACCUCUAUCUGAUGCGUUCUUCAUCAUCUCUGGCACGAUCUGACUACAGCGAUGGAGACAGUGAUUUCUCAGGCAUCACGAUACUAGGUAAUGCCAGGCUCAGCGUUGCCGCUUCACAUGCUCUAGCACUAUUGGGUGCCACCACUCCAACGCAGAGCACCGUGUACGAGAUCGUGUCGGACAUGAACGGGCGUUGUGUACGAAGGGAAUGGAUGGAUGAGAGGGAUUCCUAUGAAGAGGCAGUAUGGUCCGAUCGUUACAUGAAGGGGGAGAAGGUCCUGGAAGGGAGCCAAACGUCCCUCUGCCUUCCCACUAAGGCCAAUGAUAGCAGCUUCAAGGCCAAUUCCCCGCCCGUUCUCUCGUCCCGAUAAGUUUUAUUGAUGGCAGGCCCCAAGAAUUUAUUCCAAAUUUACGGAUGUAAUUGCCGUAUAUAUAGGCGAAUUUCAUGUCGACUAAGAAAUCAAUUUUCUAGUAUGACGAGAAGGCUCUAAUGACUCAAGUCUCUCAGUUCAAUUUUCUCCCGGUCGAGCUACGCCUUUCUAUAUCUCUUAUUGUGAUACAAUAACGCGUCUCUCGUAAGAAAUACUUUUUUUUAUCGUAUCGAUCGUUAUUCGUCCAUUCCAGGGCCCGCAUAAGACGGUUUAUCCCCGCUUCCCGUAGACCUGUAGAAUGAUCCAUUAAAGUUUUUGGGGGGAUUAUUUCGUUGAUCCCUCGUUUCUGCUGGUGCUUCGAUAGACUGUGAUAUGAACAUGAUCUGAGUUUCACUUUUUUAGGCGGGAAAGAGAAAAAAAAGCUUUCCCCUUUCUCUUCGCUUAUCGUAUUAUCUGCACUCUCACCGCGACAAGAUACAGACAAUGCACAUGAAAUGUCCGGAAUCCAAGACAAGAGAGAGCAUGAUGUCUUUCCUCUCCGAGUGAUAUAUAUGGGAUGAAGUCUGUCACAGUUGCGAAACUCAAGAAGAAUUUCUCAUGAUUCUUAUUCUGAUUGUCCUCAAUGAUUGUUAUACUGUGCGAGGAUCCAGGAAUAAAGGUGUUUAUCCAUGGGUAAAUA